UUGUGUGGUUGAACUUAUCUUUCCGAGGUAUAAACCAAAAGCUAAGAAACAAAGAAGCCAAAAGGAACUUUUCCUGUGUUUGGAGUGUUGGAAUCUCAGAAGACUGAAUCUUUAAGUAUCUUGAUAUUUGAAAAAGGAAUAUACUGCACUCUUCUGUUUAGAAAUCUUGACUAAUAAAAUGCUUGGAGAAGCCUUCCUACUUGAACUCCUAUACAAAGAACAGAAAUAUACAACAUUUUGUAAACCACCUACAUGUAAGAAGACCUCAAACGAUGAAAAGGAAACUUGGAAAAAGCAACUUUUAGAUAUAGAAGACAACUCACUUUCUCCUGAUAAAAUAGAAAAUCAACAAAAGGUUGAAAAAGAAAGGUUAACAAAGCAAAUUAAUGAUACAAAUAAAAUAAAAUUUGUGGAUGAAAUAACUGUACCAAAAUGCAAAAGUGCAUCCUUUCCAGGAAAUCUGUCUGUUGCACUGCCCAUUCCAAAAAGAGAACAAUGUGAUGAAAGACAACUGGAUUUAUACCGAUCUUGGUCAUGUACAAGUAUUUGCCAGAAUUAUCCUGACCUACAGAUUGGAGGAGACCACGUGGGCAACAUGUAUGAUUCAGGCUGCUUUGUGGAACACAUACGUGAUGAUGCUUUUAAUGGUCCCCUUUUACUUUCAGUAGAUAUACCAUUGGGCCAUUCUCCCAUCAUUGAGCCUCUAGAGAAACUAUCUGCCUCAAAACUUUUGAAUGGAGAUGAAAUUCGAGAAAAAAGUAUGUUGUUUCAUAAGCAGCCUCGCUCUAAUUCUAUGCUUAAUAAGUAUAUGGAAAACAAGCUGGAUGAACUCUACAAACAAUUUUUGGAAGAAAAUCUCACUAAGUGCCUCUCUAUAACCAACCUUACGGCUUCUAAUUUGCUAAUGAAUAAUGUAAAUCAGUUUAGCCUUCAAAUCUCUCAAGAGCAGAACGUAGAGGCUUCGAAAGCCCGGGAAGCUCUCCUACAUUCUUUUUCAAGAUGUAAUCUCUAUAACAUUUCCCAUGGAAACAGUUCUGAAUUCAGCACUCCUAACCUACAAAUAUCAAAACAGAGAAGUAGGGAAUUUGCAUCACAUGUAAUAUAAAAACCAAUUAUAGGUUCCUUGCACUGACUUAAGAGAUUGGAGUAACAAUAGUUUUCUCUGCUUUAUCAUGUCACAUCAGGCCUCCUUUGGGCUGUGGUUAUUACAUUUUUUGAGAAAUUAUUUGGCCUUGGCAGGGUAGCUCAGUUGGUUAGAGCACCAUCCUUCAUACGCCAAGGAUGUGGGUUCGA